AUGCCCCCAGAGCCCACCCCGUCCCACGGUCUGGGCCUGCGGCUGGUGGACGGGCAGAGCCGGUGCCAGGGCCGCGUGGAGGUGCUCCACGCCGACACCUGGGGCACCGUGUGUGACGACCACUGGUCCAUCGAGGAUGCCCAUGUGGUCUGCAGACAGCUGGGCUGCGGCCCGGCCGUGUCCGCCCUGCUGGGCGCCAGCUUCAGCCCCGGCGCGGGCAGCAUCGUCCUCGACGACGUCAACUGCACGGGCAGCGAGUCCGCGCUGGACCAGUGUCCCCACGGGGAGUGGUUUGCCCACAACUGCGGCCACCAGGAAGACGCCGGUGUCAUCUGCGCAGACCUGCCCGAGGUGCGUCUGGCCGACGGCGGCGGCAGGUGCGAGGGCCGCGUGGAGGUGCGCCACGACGGCACGUGGGGGACGGUGUGUGACGACCUGUGGGACCUGCCCGCCGCCCAGGUGGUGUGCCGGCAGCUGGGCUGCGGCCCGGCCCUGGCGGCCCCCCACGGCAGCCUGUUCGGGGACGGCGUGGGGCCCAUCCUCCUGGACAACGUGCAGUGCUCGGGCCGCGAGGCCAGCCUGGGCCAGUGCCACCACCUGGGCCUGUCCGUGCACAACUGCGGGCACCACGAGGACGCCGGCGCCGUGUGCUCAGACUUGCCCACGGUGCGGCUGGCGGACGGGCAGAACCGCUGCCAGGGGCGUGUGGAGGUGUACCACAACGGCACGUGGGGGACGGUGUGUGACGACCUCUGGGGCCUCCCCGCGGCCCACGUGGUGUGUCGGCAGCUGGGCUGCGGGCAGGGCCUGGGCGCCCUGGGCAGCGGCCACUUCGGAGAGGGCGCGGGGACCAUCCUCCUGGACGACGUGCAGUGCCGGGGCCACGAGACCAGCCUGGGCCAGUGCCGGCACCUGGGCUUGUCCACCCACAACUGCGGCCACCACGAGGACGCCGGCGUGGUCUGCUCAGCAUCAGUCACCAAAAUGACACCAGCGGCUCCGACCCCGACCUCUGUCGCAGACGUGGCCCUCACGGCAGGUGCCCGUGUUCCUCCGCAGCCCCCAGGCCAGGCCCCUGGACCCCAGCACCGGUCCAGCUGCGGCUUCUCUUUACAGAUCUCCCUGCAGCCUCCCCCGCGGCAGCCGCGCGGCCAGGAAGGAGAAGAAGAAGAAGGAGAAGGAGGAGGAGGAGAGUCUCCCAGUGCAGCGAACAAUGAAGAAGGAAAAGUGCCUGCCGGUGCAGGGGGUAAAGCAGAAUCUUCCCCAGCCCCAGGUGGGACCUCAGUGGCAGUGACGUCACCACCAGUUAUUAUUUCAGUUGGUGAAGAAAUGAACCCUUCGCCUAACCUGCCGCUGCGCCUGGUGGGCGGGCGCAGCCGCUGCCGGGGCCGCGUGGAGGUGCGGCACCAGGGCGCGUGGGGCACCGUGUGCGACGACCACUGGGGCAUCAGGAACGCGGCCGUCGUGUGUCGCCAGCUGGGCUGCGGCCGCGCGCUCGGCGCCCCGGGACACGGCCGCUUCGGGCCGGGCCGCGGCCCCAUCCUGCUGGACAACGUGCGCUGCGCGGGCACCGAGCACGCCCUGGAGCGCUGCGCGCACGCCGGCUGGACUCAGCACAACUGCCAGCACCGCGAGGACGCGGGCGUGGUGUGCGCAGGUACCGCCCCGCCGGGGUCCCCGCGCAUCUUCGUGGGGUGGUUGGGACUCUGGAGGCGCCCUGGAGAGCGCAGAGCACAAAGGGCACCGGGCGCUGGCCCCGAGGACGCCUCAUCCAGGCAGCCCGCCUUUCCCUACAGCGGGGGGAAGCCCGGCCUGAAAGGUGCGGGGACUCUGAGAACCCCCAACCGUGUCCCCAGCAUUCGGGACCAAGCGUGA